AUGGCGCCCGCAGCCACCGAUACACAGUGGUCGGUCGACUAUGACACCCUGCGACGGGAGAAUCUUUUCAAGAAUCCCCCUGCAGAUCACACAGCCUACCCUUCGUUGGCCGAGUCUAUCCGGCCGCAUAUCGAUUCUUUCAAUGCUCUCUUUGAGGAUAGCAAGAUCUUAGACGCAGGAUUGAGAGACAUCGGUAUCAAGACAUUCCUCGAUGGAGAGCUUGAGACCUAUGAGCAGAAGAAGGCUCGCGAAGCCGAGGGCCUUCGCCCACCCAAGCGGAAUCGCUUGAACGUCCGCGUCCGUGAAAUCUUCCUCGACAAGCCCACUCUGCCACCAACCAACAAGUACACAACCCGCAACCGUGAAAUCUACCCCUCAGAAUGCAGAGAGCGCCAUGCGACAUACCGUGGCAAGCUUCGCGCUCGUCUCGAGUACCAGGUCAACAACGGAGACUGGCAGGAGUCUGUCCGCGAGCUCGGUAACGUCCCUAUCAUGGUGCGCACCAACCGGUGUCACCUUGAGAACGCGUCUCCCGACGAGCUCGUGCGACACAAGGAAGAGUCCGAGGAGCUGGGUGGUUUCUACAUCGUGAACGGUAACGAGAAGCUGAUUCGUAUGCUGAUCGUCGGCAAGCGCAAUUACCCCAUGUCAAUCAUUCGUGGUUCCUUCGUAAAGCGUGGCCAGACUUACACCAAGUUCGGUGUUCAGAUUCGCUCAGUCCGUCCUGAUCAAACAUCGCAGACCAACGUGCUGCAUUAUCUCUCUGAUGGAAACGUCACCUUCCGUUUCUCAUGGCGCAAGAAUGAAUACCUUAUCCCCGUGAUGAUGAUCCUCAAGGCUCUUGCUGAGACCAACGACCGUGAAAUCUUCGAGUCGAUUGUUGGUGGUGUCGCUUCCAAAGGUCUGGACAACACCUUCGUCACAGACCGUGUUGAGCUCCUGUUGAGAACCUACCAGGCCUACCAGAAGCACAGUCAGCACGAUUGCCGAGCCCACCUGGGCAAGGCUUUCCGACCCGUGCUCGGUGUCCCCGCUGACAUGCCCGAUGAGGAAGUUGGCACUGAGUUCCUCCGUAAGGUCGUUCUCCCUCAUCUUGGAAACGAGAAUGUCACCGAGUCUCAAGAUUGGGACAAGUUCAAGAUGAUCACUUUCAUGAUCCGGAAGUUGUAUUCCACCGUCGCAGGAGAUUGUGCUCCUGACAACCCAGAUGCCGUCUCCAAUCAGGAAAUUCUGCUUGGUGGCUUCCUAUACGGAAUGAUCCUCAAGGAACGUAUUGAGGAAUGGCUUCGAUCAUUUGGCCCCAUUGCCCGGGACUGGUCCAUUCGCAACAAUGGCGCCAAGUUUACCGACGAGUCAUUUGAUCGGGACUUCUUGUCCAAGAUCGUCAAAAGGUCGAACGAGAACAUCGGUAAUGCCCUUGAAUACUUCCUCUCCACUGGUAACCUGGUCAGUCCUACGGGUCUUGAUUUGCAACAAACUUCCGGUUACACCGUCAUCGCUGAAAAGAUCAACUUCUACCGAUUCAUCAGUCACUUCCGCAUGAUUCACCGUGGUAGUUUCUUCGCCCAAUUGAAGACUACCACUGUUCGUAAGCUGCUUCCAGAAAGUUGGGGAUUCCUUUGCCCUGUGCACACUCCUGAUGGAUCGCCUUGCGGUCUGCUCAAUCACUUGUCACACAAGUGUUUGAUCUCUACGGAUAACCUGGAUGUUUCCCACCUCCCUCGGAUUUUGGUCCAACUUGGUGUUCGGUCCGAGUCCUCUGUGGCGAUUGACGAGAGCGUUGUCGUCCAACUUGAUGGUAGAAUUGUCGGUUACUGCUCGCCCAAGCAGGCGCAAAGAAUCGCCGAUACCAUUCGUUUCUGGAAGGUCGAGGGCAAGAACAAUAUUCCUCGCGAGUUGGAAAUCGGAUAUAUUCCUAACUCCAGUGGCGGUCAAUACCCCGGUAUCUACAUGUUCUCUCAAUCAGCGAGAAUGUACCGCCCUGUCAAGUAUUUGCCAUCUGAUAAGCUCGAUUACGUGGGACCCUUCGAGCAGCCCUUCAUGGAGAUUGCUUGCGUGGAGUCUGACCUGAUUCCUGGUCUCUCGACACACAUUGAGUUCACCCCCACGAACAUCCUUUCCAUCGUCGCCAACAUGACCCCCUUCUCCGAUUACAACCAAUCUCCGCGUAACAUGUACCAGUGCCAGAUGAGCAAACAAACCAUGGGUACACCGGGUACAUCAAUCGCGUACCGUACAGAUAACAAGUUGUACCGUAUUCAAACCGGUCAAACGCCAAUUGUUCGCCCACCGCUCUACAAUGCCUAUGGUCUGGACAACUUCCCCAACGGUAUGAACGCAGUGGUGGCCAUCAUCUCCUACACCGGUUACGAUAUGGACGACGCUAUGAUUAUCAACAAGUCCUCCCACGAACGUGGAUUCGGUCACGGUACAGUCUACAAGACCAAGGUUCUCACUCUGGCCGACAAUGACUCCCGCCGCAACAAGUCCAAGCGCGAGGUCACCAAGCUGUUCGGAUUUGCACCCGGCGACGAGGUCAAGGACCAGGUACGCACCGUUAUUGACGAGGAUGGAAUGCCGCACAUUGGUGCUCGCGUCAAGGAGGGUGACAAGAUCGCCGCUUGGCACAACGUCCGCUUCGAUCCUGCCUCCGACUCGUACGUCAACGUCGACGGCAUCACCCACUACAUGAAGUACAAGGAUUCCGAAGAAGGCUAUAUCGAGAGCAUCCGCAUCAUGGGUUCUGAGUCUGGCAAUGAACCUGCUCAAUCUCUCAGUGUCAAGUUCCGAAUUCCCCGAAAGCCCGUCAUCGGUGACAAGUUCUCUUCUCGUCACGGUCAGAAGGGUGUCUUGUCGCAGCUCUGGCCUGCGACCGACAUGCCUUUCUCCGAGAGUGGCAUGCAGCCCGAUCUGAUCAUCAACCCUCACGCUUUCCCCUCUCGUAUGACCAUCGCCCAGAUGAUCGAGUCCAUGGCCGGCAAAGCAGGUGCCAUGCACGGUCUUCCCCAAGACUGCACGCCCUUCCAAUUCUCCGAGGAAAACACCGCCACCGACUACUUCGGUGAGCAGCUCAAGAAGGCAGGCUACAACUACUACGGUAACGAGCCCCUGUACUCUGGUAUUACGGGUCGUGAAUUCUCCGCCGACAUCUACAUGGGUCUGGUUUACUACCAGCGUCUCCGUCACAUGGUGAACGACAAGUUCCAGGUGCGUACAACGGGUCCCGUCAACGCAUUGACCGGACAGCCCGUAAAGGGUCGUGCCAAGGGUGGUGGUAUCCGUGUCGGAGAGAUGGAGCGUGACUCCCUGAUUGCCCACGGUGCAGCAUUCCUCUUGCAAGAUCGUCUCAUGAACUGCUCCGACGCCCAGCACACCUGGAUCUGUCGCUGCUGUGGCUCGUUCUUGUCCACGCAGGUUGCGGUUUCGGGCUCUUCCCGUUCCCGCACUGCUAUCAACCCCGGUGCUGUUGCUGCUGCUGCUAAGGCUGCCCCGAACCAGCAGAGCAACAAUGCCCAUGCUUCUGGUGCGGUUGGUGCUCUGGGCGGUGUGAAUGGUAUUGUGCGUUGCCGCCGCUGUGCUCGUGAGGCUGUCUUCGAGGACUCCCGUGCUGAGGUUUGGGAGGAUGGAAAUGGACAGCGCUAUGUUGGUGGUGACGAUGUUACCAUCGUUGCUGUGCCUGGUGUCCUUCGCUACCUCGAUGUUGAGUUGGCUGCUAUGGGUAUCCGCAUGAAGUUCUGGGUGGAUAACUGA